AUGUGUAAACACAUACUGAAUGCUCAAGUGGCUAUCCGCUCGCCGUGCUGUAAAAAAUGGUUCGACUGCGCAGAAUGCCACCACGAGCAAGAAUCCCACCCACUGCUACAGAGCUUCGAGAUGACGUUCGCCUGCAAAAAGUGCAAAAAGUGCUUUCGCAAGGACGCCCAGGAGUUCGAGGAGGCCGAUGAGUACUGCCCCCACUGCGAUAACCACUUCGUCAUCGACGCCGUCAUACCGAAGCCCGCUUUGACAGUCGAAGGCGAGGACGCGCGGAUGGAUAACCGUAUGCUCAAAGAUGACCGGGUAAAGGGAAGCCAGAACAGGUCGAUCUUUGACAUCCAGGCCGAGGCGGAUAAGCUCGGAUGA